AUGAAAGACCAUGUCAGGAUUCUGGUUUGCGGCGACGAUGGAGUUGGCAAGUCCACGUUCAUCGGUACACUCAUCGCGAGGAACUUCGCUCACGAGGUGCCGGCGGUGAUGUCUGACGUGCACAUACCUCCCGAGGAGAACGAUGACCAAGUAUUUUGCACCAUCACCGACUCUUCCGCCCUGCCUCGCGACAGGCAGCAGCUGGUGGAGAAAAUGCAGAGCGCGGAGUCUGUCCUUGUCCUGUACGACGUGCAGCGACCGGAGACGUUGACGCACCUCGACACGUUUUGGCUCCCCCUUAUCGAGGCGAACGCUGAGGAUGUGCCGGUGGUGAUCGUGCGCAACAAGAUGGACACUUUGGUUGCGGAGGGAGACCUGGGAGAGCAGCGGUCAGUCGACUUGGAGCGGCAGAUGGAACCACUAGAGAAGCGUUACAGGUGCUUCCACGUCUCUCUCGAGUGCAGCUCCGUUUCCGGGAUGGGAAUCAACCAAGCGUUUUACCACGGGAGGACCGCGGCGCUGUACCCCCGCGCACCCCUCUACAACGCCGAGGAGGGGAGGCUUUGCCCCCGUUUCGACCGCGCCAUGCGCCGACUGUUCCGCAUCCACGACGUGGACAGGGACGGCCUGCUCCGCAAUGACGAGCUGAACGCCUUCCAGUUCCACGCCUUCAGGCUGCUUCUCUCGGACAGUGACCUCGAAUCCCUGAGAAAAAUUCUGGGAAGACUGGCGUCCGAGGGGGGCGAGGACGUCGAGAAAUUCGUCCAGGAGGAGAGAGGAGGCAACCCCAAAGGUUUCACGGAGGCGGGGUUUUUGAGGCUGAUUCAGCUGUUCAUCGAUAAGAAGCAGAUGAAAGCCCCCUGGCAAGCGAUGAGCAGCCACCACUACGACGAGGAGCUUGUGCUGGUGGUACCUUCGGAGAUGACUGACCCUCCCCCGGGGAAAGCGAACGCACAGGACCAGGUGUUGUCGCCCCAGGCACAUAAGUUCUUGCUGGAGUUGUUCAAACAGUUUUCGGAGGAGCGGGAGGGAGGGGACGGUCUCGACGCAUCCCCCCCCAGGCUUUUGGCGGAGGAAGGUCAGGCGAAGGUCUUUAGCGUUAUUCCCGACCCGACCUGCGCUCCUUGGGACCCCCCCCGAUCACUGGGGGAGGAGGAGUCUUCGGAAGAGGAGGGUCAAGGCCAGGAAGAAGCAGGAGGAGGAGGAGCCGUUUUUUCCAUGCCGCCGUUCGCCAGGCUGGGGCGGGCGCCCGGGGCGGGCCGAGCGUUGACGGCGGAGGGCUGGAUAGCCCAUUGGCAAAUGCUGGCGCUGCAUAGCCCGGUCCUGCUUCGAUCACACCUCUUCUACGUCGGCUUCGGGGGGCACGCGGAGGAAAUGCUGGUGGACAAGAGCUCGCAGCUUACCUACAGAGCGGCGGCGACGACAGAAACAUCUCCGAGGCGAUCGGGGGCACGCGGACGGCAGCCCUCGGUGAUGGAGGUGUUCGUGCUGGGAAGCCGUGGGUGCGGGAAGAGCCGGCUGAUCAAGGGGCUCCGGCUGGGGGACGAUCUGAGGUCGAACCAGCAACCCUCAAGCGGGGGCAACGUCCCUCGUGCGUCGGCUACCGCUUCCGGUGGUCAAGCAUCCGAGCAAGGCCCGUCGGAAUCGGGUGUGGGUUUGGAUACGGAGGAAGGGGAAGAGGCGUCGCCAGAGGACGAAGCGUUCUUGGGGCCCGGGGGGGGGUCGGCCGGCGGCGGCGGCGGCGGCGGGGUGAGCGGAGGGGAGGAAGAUUGGGAGAUGGUGGCGGAAGCGGAGGUGCCGGAGACAUGCUGCGGUUUCGCAGUUCUGGCGGAUGCGGCUGGCUCGCCUUCGGCCGCAGGUUUUUCGGGGUCCUCCUCCUCCUCCUCGUCGUCGUACGGAUCGUCGCUGUCCGUGGCUGUCACCGAAGUGCCGGAAAGCUACACGGACACCUUUGUGGAGGAUCAGGCAUGGAGAUGCGACCUGGCGUUACUAGUGUUCGACCCUUCCUCCCGGGAAAGCAUAGACUUCAUCAUGCCUUUGCUGGCGGACAUCCCGCAGGGGGUGCCUAGGCUUCUCGUGUCUUGCGAAUCAUCACGCGGAGUUAACCCUUCUCUUGUCCGCAUCGCCCAACAAAAGUGCAAGGAGCUGGAGCUGUCGCCGGUUGUCGCGGUCAACCCCUGCACGGGUUUAGGUCUGGAAGGGGACGGACAGCUCAGACAGAAAAUCACGGGUCCUGUGUGCAAGGGGAUGCUGCCGUUCGAGGAGAGACACCGCAAGGCCGACCGCAACCGCAAGAUCUACAUCGCCGUUGCCGCCCUGGCCGUCGCCGCCGGACUCGUCUACGCCGUCUCCUCCUCCACCGAGCAGUCCGCUUCGGCAGCCGCAAAUCUCGCCGAUACCGGCGGCAGUGGGAGCCGGGGGGCGGGGUGGGAGUCGGGAGUCGGGGGCGCUCUACGCGCGCCCAUGCGCGCGGCGAAGCGCGCGGCGGCGGCGGCGGCGGACUACUGGAGGCGUUGGAGAUCGGGGAGAUCGGGGGGCGGGGGGGAGGUGUUGGGGGGUUACGUGGGGGCUGUAGGAGGUGGUAGCAUUUAA